CUAGCCCUGGCGUAUGUCAGAGAGCGUGAGGGAUCGGAGGUCACGCCCGCACCGACCCUGACAUCGAGAUGGGUGCAAGGAUUCCCUAAGCAGAAUAUUGAUUUUAUCAACGACAACACAAUUUGCUACACUUGUGGGAAUUACUUAAUUUUCAUUAACAUUGAAAAUGAGAAAAGGUUUGUUCUACAGUGUGUGAAUGGAAAAGUGGGUGCUCUGGCAACUAACAUUCCUUUUCAAGUGGUGGCUUUUUCAGAUCGCAGGCUUAAACCCACUAUCUACAUAUACACCUUUCCUGAAUUGUCCAGAAAGGCAAAAUUAAAAGGGCAUGCUCAGCUGGACUAUACUUUACUUGGAUUUAGUUAUUGUGGUACAUACCUGGCUAGUUACUCUGCAGUUCCAGAGUAUGAACUGACACUUUGGAACUGGGAAAAAAAGGUUAUUUUGUGUAGCAGAUUACAACCAGGUGUGGAAGUAAGCCAGAUGACUUUUAAUCCCAUGAACUGGCACCAAUUGUGUCUGUCUAGUGCAAGUGCUUUAAGUAUAUGGAAUGUUGAAAGAAGUGACAAGAAUUAUAAUCUUAAGCCAAAAUCAGUAAACCUACCUGCAGAAGAUGGGACAUAUAUUGAUGAAACAGAUGGAAUGUUCUCUUACACAGAGCCUAAAGAUACUGUUUAUGGACCUGCACUACUAAUUUCUUCCAUUGCUGGGCUAGUUGGUGUAGAAGCAGAAACAUUCAAGCCUAAAGAUGAUUUGCAUCCCUUGGUUCAUCCUACUGUACACUGUUGGAACCCAACAAAUGAACUAUAUGUUGGCUGUGAAGAGGGUCAUAUUCUAUUGAUAAAUGCAGAAAGCCUACUUGUUACUGUCCUGUCUCGGUUUGCUGAAGUACCAAAAGAUGAAAAUAUACUUACUGUGAUACCUACAUCCAUGCUGACACCUGAAGAAAAGUGGAGACAAAAAGAAAUCCAUUCUAAAGAUACCAUCGUAAACACCAUGGCAUUUCACAAAGAAGGACUAUUUGUUUCUGGAAAUGAUGGUAUUGUGCAUUCUUUUACUAUCAAGGAAAUACAUUACAGUGUAAAAGACUAUUUUGAUGUGCAAGAGCCUGUAGGAAACAUUAUAUUCUCUCCUGAUUACACACUGUUACUGAUUGAAACCAUUAAGGGAUCGGUUUACACCUAUACUUUUGGUGAAGAACCAAAAGUUAAAACAAUCAUGGAUGCAUAUAGUGGCAAUGUACAGUCAAUUGACUUUAUCACACCUGGAAACAAAUAUUGCAUGUCAGUAACUAUUUUGGGAGAGAUCUGUAUUUGGUUGUUAGAGAAUGGAUCCCGUGUCAGCAAAUUACACCUUAGGACUGAGGUAAAUGACAUGGCUUGCUGCCCCUCCUCGCUUUCCGUUGCUCUGGGAACCAGUGCAGGAUAUAUCCAGUUCCUUGACGUUACUGAUGCUGAAUUACCUCAAGUUGUUCAUAAUGUUUUCCUGACCCAAUCUUCAAUACAGCAUGUGCGUUAUGACCAGAAGGGUCAGUACUUGAUAACUGGAACUUCUGAUGGAUAUAUCUUCAUUUUAAAUGCCAAACCUUCACAGUCAUUUAAGGUCCUUGGAUUCACAGAAAUCGAUGGUAACAUUGUACAAAUGUCUAUAGUCUACAUUUCUGAAAAAAACCUAGUUGAAGUAAUGGUGCUUAUCAAUACUUCACAAAGUGAAAGAUGCAGAUUGGAAAUAUUUUCUCUGCCUGAAGCAAUCUUAACAGACCCUGACAACUGUUGUGAUGAAAGAGGGAGGCUGAAGAAUGACAUCAUUGAGAGGAGGCAAUAUAAAAUAAAUCAUUCUCUAACCUCUGCUGUCUUGGAUUUACACAAUGAACAUUUUUAUGGCUAUUGUAGUCAUGUGCCAUAUAUCUGUACCUACAGUAUUCCUGAAAAGGAUAGCGAAGUUGUAGUUCUCAAACCAGAGAUCAAAAUGCAAAGCAGACAUUUUGGAACUGGAAUAUUGUGCCUAUCAUCUCAUGGCAAGUGGCUAGCAUCAACAGCCAAAGAUGGAAUACUGAGUAUCCGUGAUGUUAAUAAUUUGGAAACAUUUACUCAGAUUCACUGCCAUUCUUACCAGGGACAAGGAAUUCAAUCACUGGCAUUUUCACUCGAUGGCCAUUCCAUACUAGUGAAUGGUAGGGAAGAUGGUGUCCUUGUUUGUCUGAAAUGGAAAAAGAUAACUGAAUCUCUAGCUCAAGAAGCUGCUCAGCAUUUUCAUACCUUUCUGGACAUUCUGAACAGCAGCAUUGUGAACGAAAAUUCAGCCUUAUUGGAGAUGAGAGAGAGCCAGCUCAGUUUGGAUUUAGGCUCUGGAAAAUCAGAUGAAUAUUCAGGCAUUACAGUUGGAGCCAAAGAACAAGAAACUUCCUGGCUAGAAAAGAAAAACAAUGAGGCUGUUAGAAAAGAGGUUAAGGAAUUUAGUGAAAAAAAGAGAGAACUAAAACAAGGAAUCAGAGCACUGGCUAAAACUAUUCAGGAAAUGCUGGAGGAAAAUGAUUUGGCACCUCAGAUUACACAACUAAAACAACAAGAAUUUUUUCUGGAUGUUGAAGAAAUGAGAAAACUUUACGCUGAAAAUGAUAAAGAAGUAGCACAGUUAAGAAGGGAAACAGAAAUGGAAAAUCUAGCUAAGAUGUAUUUAUGGAACAUUUUAAAAGAAGAAUGCUGGGAUUCCAUGAGCGUAAAAAGUCAAGAACUUAUGUCCUUUCAUAAUCAUUUGAAAGUCCAGAAUUUCCCAAUGAAAAAGCGAACUCCAGAAGAGUUGAAAGAAUUGGAGACAGUUUUACAGAUAAGGAAGCUUCAAGAAGCUGUACUUAAAUUGCAAAAGCAUAUUGUAGAGGUUUAUCCCACAGCUUCUUCCCUGGGUCGAAAGACACAUGAAGAAGAGGAAGACGAAGAGGAUGAGGAUGAACAGGAAUUAGCAAAAAAAGAUAGUGGCGUACUCGAUUAUCUACUUGGAAGUUUAUGUACAAGCUUUGGUAUAGAUAUAAGCAUAUUGAAUAGGCAAUUGGAACUUCAUACCAGAGAGGACAAAAUCAACCAGAUUAUAUUAUUGAAGGACAUUAUUUACAAGAUUAAAACCACUUUUAAUAAUGAGUUUCAUGCCACCUUUCAACAAAAAAUGUUGGAAAUAGCACGUGUGAGGGAAAGAAACAUAAGAAUUCAAGAAAUCAUCACAAAUCUAGAACUUGGGGAAGAGGUCUGGCAACCAGAAAUAGAGGAUUGUGAGAAGCCAGACUUAAUUCUAACAGUAGAAGAAGAUGAGAUUAAAGUUGAAAAAUACCUUACUCCUUGGCAAAGAGAACACGCAGAAAGAGCGGCAGCCCUUGAAUUACAACAACGCCUGUUAGCUGAGAAAGAUGAUUUAAGACGUCGUGCUUUGAUGGACAUGAUGAAUGGAGUUUUGGAAGUAAAGAAAGAAGAUAUUUUGAAGAUGGUAGUUCCUCAGCCUUCCUUUAUGGCCUAUAAAUUGGAUGCAAUAUGGACUGAAGAAGAAAGAAAACAAGCCAAAGAAUAUGAGAAAAAAGUCAAAGAGUUAGAUGAGGAAAAAGACAAGUAUAAAAAGUCGCUGGAUGCUGAAUUAAGGAAGAUUCAGGGGUCUAUUGAAGAAACGACACAAGCCUUUAACAGUAGUCUAAAAAGACUCUUUGAGAGAAAGGUGAAAGCAGAAAUGGUUAUCAACCAGGAGGAAUUAAAAAUAACCAACCUUGUGUUCUCUUUAGUCUUGGAUGAAGAAUUAAGAACAAGGGAAUUAGGAAUGAACAACUUCCUUGAAAGGAAACAUAUGGAGAAAAAAAAUACUUCUAAGGAAGUCAACAUGGCCCGAGAUGAAGUUGAUGCAUUCAGAGAGAACUAUGACAACUUAGUUGCAGAGGACAAAGUUAUAGAACGUGGAUUUAAAAAAGAAUUUGCUGAACUUAGCAGUCAUCAUGCCGAAUUACUCUACAAACUAUUUAAACGCCGGCCAAGGAUGCCAAGGCAAAGAGCACAUGUAGAGUGUACUUCUCCUUUUGGCGAUCGCCUCAGGUCUGGCAAAGUUAAGGAUACCCUUGCCCAAAUCAUGAAAGCCAUGGAUGAUUUGGAUGCUCCUCAUCAUAUGCCAGAAGGCUUAGAUCCUGAGGUCUGGCAAUAUUUAUGUGCUGCAAGACGCACCAAAAUAGAAAACGAACAGAAGGUAAAGCAGAAAACGGCUGAUUUACUGGAAAUGCAGGCCUUCCUCCGGAAGAGAAUUGAAGAUGAUGAAAAGGUUCAAAUGGACAUUGACAAAAUUUUCCAGGAACAAUUUAUAUUACGCAAGGAUAAAAGUAAUUAUCAGGCAGAUCUCACAGUUCAAUUCCUAUUUAAACAAGGACAAGUGGAAACAGAAAAUUUCCUUUUUUCAUUAGAAUACUCUGACUCUGUUAUGAUUACCAGGAGUAUAAUUGAGGAUCUGAAUAAUUCAAUCAGGGCCCAAGGUCAAAGGAAAAUCACCAACAUGGUAGAAAAUAAAAAGUAUCACAAAGCAAUAUUUCAGAUCGAGUGGGAACAUAAAAAAAUGGAGAUGGAAAUGGAAGACCUCAACCAAAAGGCUUGGGAUAUUCAGAUGCUAUUUUUUUCAAGAGCUCAUCAGUUGUACCUAAAAGAAGAAAAUUAUGAUAUCCUGGUUGCCCUCCAAAUUUCUCUAAUGGAGCAGACUCUUGCUGCUAUAGAUAAAACCCACAAAAGAGAUGUGGAAGGCCAAAAACAGUUACUCAAGAAACUGAGAAAAAUCAACAAUCAACAAGAUUUAGCAAAUUAUGUUCUAAGCUGCAAUCUACAUGAAGAGUUGGUGUGUGUCUCUGAAAGAAAAAACAUCUGUCAAUCAAUUGAGGUUAAGCUGACUUGUGAAAAGAUUUCCAGGAAACGUUUUGAGGCUACAAUACAACAACAAAAGCUAAUAGAUAUUUCAAAAGAGCAGUAUGAACAGAUUUCAAUUUUACAGGCUGAAGUUGAAAGAUUAAGAAUGAAAACAUUUCCUGCACUUAUUCAUAUGUAGAAAUGCUGGCAAAAUAUGUGAGGCAGAAGAUAUCAAAUGUCAUGAAGAAAUCUCUGUUCUCAGGCAUUUGAAAUUUCUUUUCUUCAGUGAGAGAAAAACAAAAUACUGGGUUUUUUUCCCCUUAAAAUCUACCCUUAGUUGAAAUUAUUUAUCUCUUCCCAAAAAGAUUGUAAAAAU